GGCAUGGAAAUGCUAGAGACGAAACUGAGGUUCAUUUGUCGCCACGUAUGCCCCAUCAAUAUUUGGCUCCCACUUGCCUCUAUAAAUUUGGCGGCCAUGAAAAGGAAAAAACUUGAGUUUCCUUUGAUGCUCAGAGCCAACUGGGUGCUGAAAUGGACAAGUCUGAGAGUGUUGUAACAUGGUUUUUUAUCAGUUGCUUUGUUGCUGGGUUUUGUUUGAGCGGGAAAGUUAAUGGGGGCUAUGUGAAGUACAACACUGGAGGUGGAGUUGUACAAGGAAAACUCAAUGUUCAUUUGGUAGCACAUUCACAUGAUGAUGUUGGCUGGUUAAAGACUGUUGAUCAGUACUAUGUUGGAUCAAACAACAGUAUUCAGGGUGCUUGUGUUGAAAAUGUGCUGGACUCGGUUGUGGAAUCUCUGCUUAGAAAUGCAAACAGGAAGUUUGUUUUUGCUGAAAUGGCCUUUUUCCAACGAUGGUGGCUAGAACAAAGUGAAGAAAUGCAAGAGCAAAUGAGGAAACUUGUAGAUGCUGGCCAAUUGGAAUUCGUAAAUGGUGGAUGGUGUAUGCAUGAUGAGGCAACAACCCAUUAUGUAGAUAUGAUUGACCAAACAACACUUGGUCAUCUUGCAAUAAAGCAACAGUUUAACAAGACUCCUCGUGCUGGAUGGCAAAUUGAUCCGUUUGGACACUCUGCUGUGCAAGCUUACCUGCUUGGGGCUGAGCUUGGAUUCGAUUCUGUUCAUUUUGCAAGGAUUGAUUACCAGGACAGAGCAAAGUGCAAAGGAGAUAAAUCUCUAGAGGUCAUUUGGCGUGGGUCUAAAACUUUUGGUUCAUCCUCUCAGAUUUUUGCCAAUGCUUUCCCUGUGCAUUAUAGUCCUCCACCUGGUUUCAAUUUUGAAGUGUUUGAUGAUUUUGUGCCUGUUCAGGAUAAUCCUCUUCUCUUUGACUACAAUGUUGAGCAACGGGUUAAUGAUUUCAUAAAUGCUGCAAUAACUCAAGCAAAUGUAACAAGGACAAACCAUAUUAUGUGGACUAUGGGUGAUGAUUUCCAGUACCAAUAUGCUGAGUCUUGGUUCAAGCAAAUGGACAAACUGAUUCACUAUGUUAACAAGGAUGGUCGAGUUAAUGCAUUAUAUUCUACUCCAUCUAUUUAUACUGAUGUGAAAAAUGCAGCAAAUGAAGCAUGGCCACUGAAGACUGAUGAUUAUUUUCCAUAUGCAGAUAGGGAAAAUGCAUAUUGGACUGGAUUUUUUACUAGUCGCCCAGGCUUGAAGAGAUAUGUUCGGCAGCUGAGUGGAUUUUAUUUGGCUACACGGCAACUUGAGUUUUUGGUGGGAAAAAAAUCCAAUGGUCCCAGCACUUGCAGCCUUGGAGAUGCUUUAGGAAUAGCACAGCAUCAUGAUGCUGUCUCUGGGACUGCCAAACAACAUACUACAGAUGACUAUGCUAAACGCUUAGCUAUUGGAGCAUCUGAGGCAGAAGCCACUGGCAAUUCUGCUCUUUCAUGCUUAGUUAGCAAUAAAUCCAGAGAUCAAUGUGCAACAACUGCUACUUUCAGUCAGUGCCAAUUGUUAAAUAUCAGUUACUGUCCACCAGCAGAGGAAGCUGGAGUUGGAAAGAGUUUGGUUAUAGUAGUGUACAACCCUCUUGGAUGGAAUCGCACUGAAAUUGUUAGGAUUCCAGUUAAUGAUGCCAAUCUUGUUGUCUCUGAUUCUUCGGGCAAAACCAUUGAGGCUCAAUAUGUGAUCAUGGAUAAUGUUACAAGCAACUUAAGAAAGUUCUAUCAGAAGGCCUACUUAGGACUUUCAUCCAAUCAAGUUCCUCAAUAUUGGCUUGUCUUUCCAGUUUCUGUGCCACCACUUGGAUGGAGUACUUACUUCAUUGCUAAUGCGCCUGCUAUAGGAAAAAGGAGAAAUGGGCUCUCUGUAACAGAAAGUCCACUCAAUGAGACUGUUGAAAUUGGACCUGGAAUUUUGAAAAUGUCAUUUUCUUCUACCACUGGCCAACUCAAACGAAUGCACAAUUCAAAAACUGGGGUUGAUGUUCCUCUUCAGCAAAGCUAUCUUUGGUAUGGUUCAAGCUCUGAUCUCCAGCAACCUUCUGGUGCAUACGUUUUUCGGCCUGAUGGGUCCCCUCCCCAUAUUGUUGCUAGAUCAGUGCCCUUGAAGGUCUAUCGUGGAUCUGUGGUUGAUGAGGUCCAUCAACAAUUUAAUCCAUGGAUCUACCAGGUCACAAGACUUUACAAAGAGAAAGAGCAUGCUGAAAUUGAAUAUACUAUUGGCCCAAUUCCCACAGAAGAUAGUAUUGGAAAGGAGGUCAUCACACAAAUGACAGCAAAUAUGGUCACAGACAAGGUUUACUAUACUGAUUCUAAUGGAAGGGACUUUCUAAAGCGGAUUCGUGACUAUAGAGCUGACUGGAAUCUGUCAGUUAAUCAACCUCAAGCAGGAAACUAUUAUCCACUUAACCUCGGAAUUUAUAUAGAGGAUAAGAAAUCUGAACUGUCAGUGUUGGUUGAUCGUGCCACAGGAGGAGCCAGCAUUAAAGAUGGUCAAAUAGAGCUAAUGCUUCACAGGCGCACGAUCUUCGUUGACUUGAGAGGAUUUGGUGAAGCCCUUGACGAAAGUGUUUGUGUUGAAGACAAAUGUGAAGGAUUAACGGUUAGAGGAAAUUAUUAUUUGAGCAUCAACCAGCUAGGAGCUGGAUCAAUCUGGCGUCGAACAGUUGGCCAAGAAGUUUACUCACCACUGCUUCUAGCUUUCACCCAUGAGAAAGAGGAGACUUGGAAGGCAUUUCAUUUGACCGAAGGAACAGUCAUGGAUCCUGAUUACAGCUUGCCUUUGAAUGUUGCUUUGAUUACCCUUCAGGAGCUGGAUGAUGGAAACGUACUCCUUCGUCUGGCACAUCUGUAUGAGGAGGGAGAAGAUGCCAACUAUUCAGCACUGGCUAAAGUUGAACUCAACAAGAUGUUUAGUGGAAAAAUUAUAAGGGAGCUGAAGGAAAUGAGCAUAUCAGCAAACCAAUACAAGUCAGAGAUGAAGAGGAUGACAUGGAAAGUAGAGGGUGAGAGUGGAGAUGAAGCCUCACCAGUUAGAGGUGGCCCUGUUGAUAGUUCAACUUUUGUUGUUGAGCUAGGUCCAAUGGAAAUUCGCACUUUCUUGCUCAAAUUUUGAUAUCUAUGUGUUACAUUUGUUUCUUCUUUUCUACUUUCAACCUAAUAAGCUAAUAAUUUUCAUUUUCUUUUCUUCUUCUUCAUUCCUCUUUCUUUCAUUUUUUUCCUUUUCUGGGAAAAAAAAGGAACCUGCCUAUAGUAUGGAUGUUCAUUGUAUGCAUGAUUUUAAUCUCUUUUAGAAUAAAAAUUUUAAGUUAAAAAGAA